AUGGGACAGGCACUGGCUAUCAAGAGCUGUGAUUUACAAGCAGCAAGAAAUAAUGAAGAGCACCACACCAAGGCCAUCAGCUCAAAGAAACUAAUCUUAAGGAGAGGACAGUCCUUCACCAUCACCCUGCACUUUCGUGCUCCAGUCCACUCUUUUAUAUCUACCCUGAAGAAGGUAGCCCUCAUUGCACAAACUGGAGAGCAGCCUUCUCAGAGCAAUAAGACCCAAGUCAUAUUUCCCGUCUCUAGUAAGAGGGACCAAAAGUCGUGGUAUGCAGCAGUAGAGGAGAGAGAUGCCACAUCCUGGACCUUAUCUGUGAUAACACCUGCAGAUGCCAUCAUUGGUCACUACUCACUCCUGCUUCAGGUCUCCGGCAGGACACAACACACCCUGGGACACUUCACACUGCUCUUUAACCCCUGGUGUAAAGAGGAUGCUGUGUUCCUGGAGAAUGAAGCUCAACGCAAGGAGUACUUGUUGAACCAGAAUGGCCUUAUCUACCUGGGCACGGCUGACUGCAUCGAGACAAAGCCUUGGGACUUUGGCCAGUUUGAGCGAGAUACCCUCAACCUCAGCCUCAGCUUGCUGGGUAUGGACAAGGAGGUGAAGAAGUGGAGCAAUCCAGCGUAUGUGGCACAGAUAUUGGGCGCCUUGCUACACGCUCUCAAGGAGAAGAAUGUUUUGCCCAGCUCACGAACUCACGUUCCCCCAGAAGAAAGCUUGCCAAACAAGUGCCGAGGCAGUGUGUCCAUCCUUCAUCAGUGGCUCACAGGCCAAGGGCGACCUGUGUAUGAUGAUCAGGCCUGGGUGUUAGCCGCUGUGACCUGUACAGUGCUGCGCUGCCUAGGAAUACCUGCCCGUGUCAUCACCACGUUCUCCUCAGCCCAGGGAACCAACGGAGAGCUGCUCAUAGAUGAGUACUACAAUGAGGAGGGGCUUCAGAUUGGAGAAAGCCAAAAAGGCAGAAUCUGGAUCUUCCAGACUUCCACAGAGUGUUGGAUGGCACGGCCUGUUUUGCCCAAACGCUAUGGAGGAUGGCAGAUUCUGUUCCCAAGUCAUUCUAAAGGAGGUGAAGUCCUGGAGGGCUGUGACCUGGUCCCAGUCAGAGCGGUCAAAGAGGGCACACUGAGUCUGAAGAGUGCCAUAUCACUGAGGCUGAACCAUGCCAUAUCACAGCUUUUUGCUUCAGUAAACGCCAAGUGUGUGGUCUGGAAAUGCUGUGAGGAUGGGACACUGGAGCUGACUGACUCCAGCACCAAGUAUGUUGGCAAUAACAUCAGCACCAAGGGUGUGGGAAGCGACCGCUGUGAGGACAUCACACAGAACUACAAGUAUCCUGAAGGAUCUCUUCAGGAGAAAGAGGUGCUAGACAGAGUCAAGAAAGAGAGAAAGAAAUAUAGGAGAGACAACAGCAUCAGUCCUCCCAGUCUUGAGACUAUAGAUCCUUUGUACCUGUUUUUGGAAGCACCCAGCUCCCUGCCUCUGAGAGGUGAUGCCCAGUUCUCUGUGACUCUGAUUAACCCCAGCAAUCAGGAGAAGACAGUGAAGCUGACAAUUGGGGUCCAGGCCAUGUACUACAAUGGUGUCCCUGCUGCUGAGCUCUGGAAGGAGAAGCUGCCCCUCACACUCAGCGCCAACUUGGUAAAGAGAAUAACCAACAGCCUCUUCUUCUCCAAUUUUGAGCAAAACCCACCUGAGAAUAGCUUCCUCAGACUCACUGCUAUGGCAACACACUUGGAGUCCAACCUCAGCUGCUUCGCUCAGGAAGACAUUGCUAUUUGCAGACCACUUCUUGCCAUUGAGAUGCCAGAGACAGUGAAGCAAUAUCAACCUCUUAAGAUCUCAGUCAGCAUCCAUAACUCUUUAGAUAUGCCCAUGAAGAACUGCUUGAUUACCAUCUUUGGAAAAGGGCUAAUUCACCAAGAGAAAACUUAUAGAUUAAGUUCAGUGCGGCCUGGAAAUGCUCUGAAAACCCAGUUCCAGUUUACACCAACACACGUGGGACUCCAGAGAUUAACAGUGGAAAUGGACUGCAAUAUGUUCCAGAACCUAACCAACUACAAAAAUGUCAGGGUGGUAGACCCUGAACAUCCAGCUUAA